UAAAAUUUAGUUUAAGGUUUAUAAGAAUUUAUUUAUGUUCUAUCAAUAAUGGCUACAUACGACAAUAAGGCUUGGCUACUCAAAAAUGUAAGAGACGCGUUUAUAGCAACCGACGAUACAGGUUUGUGUGAAAUCGUGAUGGCUGGUGAAGAUUUUUCGAAGAUAUUUCAAAACAAGGCAAUGGAAGAGAAAAAGUUGAUACGGGAAAAGGUGAUCAAGCCCAGCACAAGCAAAGAAUCCGGUAGCUAUGACGAAGAAGACAGGGAGAUUGUUACACAAUUCGAUCCUUAUCCAGACAUGGAGGACAGUGAUGAAGACGAUAUGAUGUAUGGUAGUUGCAUUCGCUACGAGGACUUUGGCGGACACAGGCAAAGGUCAAAUACAGCUCAAUGGUUGGAUAAAAAGGAGCUAGCCUUAAAAAAGGCAGCCAAAAUUAAAGUUGUCAAAUGGGAAGAUCCUUCUCAGUUAACAACGGAACAAAUAGAUGAAGCCUUUGCACCUGUGGAGGUUAAGAAGGCAGAAAAAGUUAGGUCGCUGUUGGCGGAACAGCUGGAGACAUGUCCUGAACUUCCCCAUCGUCAAUAUCUGGAGUAUGCAAAGUUUGAUGGCACAGCACAAUUGGGAUUACCAACUAAAUCUUUCAAAAUAUUCAUGACAAUGUUACCAGAGAAACAUCAGAAUUAUCCAGUUGUUGUUUGUGUGAUUGCCAGUGCCAAAAUACGGGAUCUAAUUGGUUUCACAUGCUACAAAUACAGCAUAGAACAUCCUGAUAUAGCAUUAGGUUCAGUACACAACUUCGGACUAUGUAUAGCAGAAGAUGAUGGUGAGGUUGACAUGGCAUUUCCCUGUCUCGACAACAAUGAGCCAUGUUCUAAGUUCGGUUUCACUUGCCUUGGUCUAGUAGAUCUCAAGAAAAAGAAGAUUGUCACCAAUGAUCAGUCUUACCAGAUACCAGAUAUUGAAAUGAGCAACAUGUUCCAAGGGUUCUCCAAAGCUUCAGAAUCAGGACACAGUCAUAUGAACUCAUCGAGACAACCCACAGGCAACAGUGACACGUCAGAAAUUAUAAGAGCUAUGAAUACUUUAAAUGAUGGUAACAGAGUCAUUGGCUUGCAGUCUGGCCCUUCGGUGACAGAUGCCCCACAGGACAAACAGUAUCGAGUGCAAUUACUGCAUAAAGUGAGAACGAGCACACCCGUACAACUGGUUGUCACUCUUGACAAUAUCGAAGUUAUUCCUCUUGUUAUGAACAAAAGUGCUUUUUGGUCUCGAGUGUAUUCUCCAAAGUAUUUUUUACACAGCAUGAACUCAGUAGCCUGGUGCCAAGUGCUGGAGGCCAAAAGUAAUAAAACGACAUUUAGAAUAGUGUACUCGCCGAAUCAUGAUGCAGCCUAUGCAGAAAGAAAUAAUUCAGCAAACACGAAUCUUCUUCAACAACAAGCAAUUUACAAGAAACAUGACUUCGAAUGCGAUCAUGAUAUGGCGAGGAAGAUCGUUGAAAAGGUGAACACCAUAUUAGAUUUAAGAAAUAGCCCUUGUCGUCGAGAGUACAAGUCUGUGAAGGAGAAAAAGUUAUUGACAAGGCGCAGUUUUCAUACAAAACACCUUAGUUGAGUUAUUCUGAAAGUGUUCAGAAAAUGUGUUCAAUGUUCCUGAACAGUGAGUAAACAAUCUUGCAUUGCGUUUAUAUUCUGGUCACCGAAUACGUGAUCGGCGAUCGACUAUAUAAAAUAUCUCAUCAUAUAUCCGUAAAAACAAGAAACUCGAACGUCCGGUGGUGAGUGAAAGAGAAAAGUAGUUAGUCAACGGCUUAAUUUUUACCUGUUCGGUGACCAGACUAUAUUACAAUCUCAGUAGUUGUUUAUGUAAAAACUUUACAUUACUCAUUUCAUGCUUCAAAACUCUUUAAAAGGUCUAAAGUCCCCAAUAUAUACCAGCUUCAAAUCUCAAAUAAAAUAAUUAUAAAUAAAAAAAAUACAUACAUACAUAAGGUUAGAAAGUUCUUACUUGAGUCCAGUAAGGGUCUAUACAGACAAACUGCAAUCCAACCGC